UGCCUGUAUUAACAAAUGUCAAAAGUGAAACUCAUCAGUGAAAGCUAUAAUUAAUUAGAAGCGAGAUGUCAGACUACUUUGAGGAAAUGGGUUGGACACCUUUGAGAGAUGGAGAAGCGCCAAAUCAUUUUUUGCACAUGGCGCGAUUGUUGAGAGAUUUUGGAAUGUGGGAAGAGCUGGGACAAGGACAGCGACUGGCUCCUCCGGCUUCGAAAGAGGCAAUUUCCAAUCUGAAGGAUGUUAAACUCGACGAAAAUGCCCAUCAGUGUCCCGUGUGCUUAAAAGCUUUCGACGCUGCUAGUUCAAUUAAAUCAAUGCCAUGCCGUCACUCGUUUCAUAACGAAUGCAUUACACCGUGGUUAGAAAAGACCAAUUCCUGUCCGUUGUGUAGAUACGAACUGCCUACAGAUGAUGAAGAUUAUGAACUGUAUAAAAAGGAGAAGAAACGUGCCGUGCAACGCGAAGAGGAUGUUAAGUCUUUGCAUAAUUCAAUGUUUUCUUAACGAUUCUUUUCUGAAUAAAUGCAUUUGCGACUUUGCGUAUGCAUAUUAUUUCAUGAGAGACGAAAAUUUGUAUGUUUCAGGGCAUUAUAGGGUACAAUGUUUUUGUAAAAUAAAAUUUGUAAAGUUAGCCAAUA